AUGUACGUUGCACGCGUACCAGAAAUCACAAAGGACGUUGCUUAUAUGCAGGCCUGGACUGUACCCAACAAAACCGACUUCAAAGAGAAGGAAGCACAAAGCCCAAACAUCAAAAGCUUUAUCGACUACACCAGUGCCUUCUACCAUGGCCUGCCGGUCAAAGAACUCCCAAUACAACUCAAAUGGGCAUCCUGGGAAGAACGUGCUGCAACAGUCCGUAGCAAAUCCUUGCCGAAGUACAUCGCCCUUCAGCAUGGCGAUGGGACUACACGCAUCCGGACUCGUGUCCCUCCCGAUGCCACUUUCCCUGCCCAACUCAAUCUCGACGAUAUCCUCGACGGCGCAAUCAGAGCCCUGCCCAAAGAUGCCCAUUCACUGCUCCUCCUGGUGGAUCACGACAUGUGGGAAGCCGACGACGAUUUCUGCUGCGGUCGCGCAUACGGCGGUAGUAGAGUCGCCGUUGUGCAGACGGCGCGGUACAAUCCCGUACUCGACGCGAAAGAGGGUGUUGAUCGAGCCCACAUGUGGCCUUUGAGCCACUGCAAGGCCUUCGUUGACGUUUUAUGCCGUACCGAGGAUUUUCUACCGAAGAAACCUACGCGUCGACAAGUCGCGAGUUCGAGAGCGGGGCCGAUGCGGAAAGCUGUCGACGCCGCUGCGAGCAAGAUGAGUGACCAAGAGACGAGUGGGGACGGAGAAGCGCUCUGGUUCUCCCGCUUGGCUAGGACUGUGAGCCAUGAGCUUGGGCAUUGCUUUGCACUCGGACAUUGCGUUUAUUAUGCAUGUAACUUGCAGGGUACGGCGGGGAUGAAGGAGGAUGUGAGGCAGCCGCCGUAUCUUUGUCCCGUUUGUGAGAUGAAGCUUAGCCAUGCUGUUGUGGUUGAAAAAUUGAGAGGAAGUGAGGAAGAGAGGAGAGCGUGGGUUACAGAGCGGUGUGAGAGCUUGAGAAAGUUUUGUCAGAGCCUUGAGAGGGAUGGGAAGGGGACGGCGAUGUGGAGUGGAUUGGAUGCCUGGUUGGGAGAGAGGAUGAUGAAUCUAUAA